AUGUCGUUAACAAUCUUAUGUUUUGGUAUUAUACAUACUAUUUAUUUUACAGUUCGGUUUCAUUAUACAAAAGUAUUAUUAAGUAAUUUUUCAUGCAAUUUAAUAACAUAUCUUCGAGUAAUGAUUACUUUUCAAUUAGCAUUUGCAUUAAUUAUGGUAUCAGUUUAUAUAUUUGGUUAUAUUCUAUAUCAUCAAAAAGCUUUUUUUAAGACAAAAAAAUGGUUUAUACUAUGUAUUGUUUGUCAAUGGAUUAUGGGUAUUGCUUUAGCAACAGUAAUAAUAUCAAAAAAUGAUUCAAAUUGUAGUUAUCCUCGAUGGGUAUCAAUUUAUACAAUGGUUAUUACUAUCGUGGUUUGUUCAUUGAUUUCUCUACUGGUUAAUGUACGUCUAUUUAUCUAUGGUCAUUUUUCAUUUCAACGUAUGCUACUUAAUACAUCUUUUAAUCGUAUCGAACCUAUUCAAAGUAUUGUAUUGAAUCUAGAUAAUAGAUUAAAUAAUAGACUAAGAGUAAAUCAGCGUCAUGUUCGUUUAUUAAAACAUAUGAUCUAUAUGUUUCUGAUAUUCGUUAUUGGUUGGGGACCUUUUUCAAUAUUAAUGAUCGUUAAUUCUAAUAUGGAAGUUUCAACAUUUACGUAUGGAUUUUUUGGUAUUUGGGCUGAAAUUAGUUCAGUCUGUUUGGUUGUUAGUCUAUUUAUUUACAAUAAUAAAUUAAGACAAUAUUUAGCUGGGAAAAUUUUUCAUGGCUUCUAA